AUGAGACACUUAACAGUUUUUCUCUUGAUAUGGGCUUUGUCGAUGUGCUCGAGCGUCGCUCAAUCAGUAUUGCCAGACUGCGCAACUUCAUGCUACGGUGCUUCGCACAGCUCGCAAGUGCCUUGUAUGUUUGGUAACAACGACUGUACGUGUAUGAACAGCGCAGCGAGCGCAGCAGCCCAGAGCUGCAUCCUGCAGUCGUGUACCGUCAAAGAAUGGCUCGUGACAAUAAAUGCAACCGACACUAUCUGUCAGCGCUCAGUCCGGAACGAAAGCAAUGUAGUAUUCUGUUGCGUCACUACAUUGGGCUCAGCCGCACUACUUGCCAUUAUUAUGCGACUUUUUGUAGCGAUGCGGCAAAAUACAUUUGGGUAUGACGAUUUGUUCGCCUGUCUAGCGGCCUGCAUGUCAGUAUCCAGCUCUAUCGGACUAGCAUUAUCAGCAAAACUCGGACUCGGUAGAGACAUAUGGACACUGAAGCCACACGAGAUAAACAGGAUUCAUAAGAUUACAUAUGUAUGCCAAAACCUCUAUUUCUGGUGUUCUGGGUUCCAGAAGUUGUGUUUCCUGUUCUUCUUUCUACGAAUUUUCCCUUCGGAGAAUGCAAGGCGAUGGUGCUUAGUCGGGAUAGCUCUGGCGAUAGGCUAUUCGGUAGGUUUUGGCCUUACCAUGACCUUUUCUUGUUGGCCAAUUUCUGCGAUCUGGACGAGAUGGGCGAUGGAGAAGACUCCCGUUUACUGCAUUAACCUGAAACUGUUCUAUUACAUUGCUGCUGCCGUUAACAUCAGCUCGGAUUUAUUGAUAGCUCUGAUACCGAUCCCACAGCUGUGGAGGCUCAAUCUGAGUUUGAGAAGGAAGCUAUAUUUACUAGCGGUCUUUGGUGUUGGGUUCAUUAUUAUCGCCGUCUCAUGUAUGCGUAUCCAAACGUUGGCACAAUACUCGACUACGAGAAAUACCACGUACGAUACUAUAUCGAGAGACAUGUGGUCCAAUAUCGAAAUCAAUGUUGGCGUUAUUUGCAUAUGUAUGCCAGCAAUCCGACGCUUCCUUGCACACACGCUACCACAGUGUUUCGCCUCGACGGAGGACACGAUGUCGUUGCAUGGGGAAGCGCAGACACUUGAUUACCGGGAACCAAGUGGGAAAACAUCCAGUAAGAAGAGGAGGACUUUGUCGGACAGCUUGUUUGUAACCACGAUCAUGAAGACCGUCGACAUACGAGUAUCGUCGAACAGACCGGAAGAUGAUGAGGCACAGCUUGUGGAAUUGGGUGCUAGGUAG